AUGACAAAAGUACUUAUUACCGGCGUGACCGGUUAUAUCGGCGGGUCGAUUCUUUCUCACUUGCAAUCCUCGGCCAAUCAAGCAAUCAGAGAGUUGGAGAUUUCUGUCCUCGUUCGCAAUGACUCUCGAGCAGAAUAUUUCUCGUCCAUUGGUCUCAAAGUUUAUACCAUCAAAGAUCUUGAUGACUUGGACGCUAUCAAAGCCGCAGCUUCCGAAAACGACGUUGUAAUUCACACCGCUUCCGGAUACCAUACUGCGAGUGCCAGGGCCUUGAUCCAAGGUCUUGGGAUACGUAAAACAUCGAAAAAAGAUGCCAAUCUAUAUUAUAUCCAUACGUCUGGCACGUCGAAUCUUGCUGAUCGACCCAUAAGUCAAAUAUAUGCCGAAUCUCGAACCUUCAGCGAUAAAGAUUCGGAUAUUUAUGAGUAUCUGAAGAAAAGAGAAAAUCUUGAGCCAUAUGCUCAGCGUACUACGGAUCUCACGGUUGUAGAGACAGGAAAGGAAGAGAGUGUGCCUACCACAAUUAUCAUGAGUCCUACAAUCUACGGCGUUGGAUCCGGAAAGUUCAACCGAAUAACCAUUCAGUAUCCGCUGCAAAUGAAGGCGGCGAUUGCAAGUGGACGAGCAGAAUAUGUUGGUGAUGGCAGAGGCGUAUGGGAGUUUGUGCACAUACUCGACCUCGCUCCAUUAUACGAGAUUGUCUUGCUGGAUUGGAUCCAGGGACAAAGAGCCAUUCCGGUUGGAGAGAAGGGGUUUGUUUUUAGCGGUACCGGAACAUUCGCCUGGAAGGAUGUCGCGCAGUGGAUUGCCAAGGCCGGCGUAAAACUUGGACAGUUGACUGAAACCGAGGCGAAAAGUAUCAGUCUAGAAGAAGCUGCCGAAAAAUGGGUUCGUGGGGACACGCAACUGUGCGAACUGGGGUUUGCGAGCAAUGCUAGGACGAGAGCAGAAAUUGGCAAAGAGCUAGGCUGGAAACCAACGAGAUCAAGGGCAGAUUGGGAGCAGUCUUUCUUUGAAGAAUUUGAAGAAGUUCUCAAGACAAACACGAACUAUUGA